UGUCCCUUCCACCAAUUGUUUAAUGUAAACACACGUUUACUUUAAAAUUAUCAAAAAACCGACUCAUAAAAAUACGAUAUGUUUUUAAUUGUGUUUCAUGUGCGAAGGUAACGUUUGUUCUGACUAAAUAAUUUAUAUCACUUUUUCUUAUAUUUUAGUGUUAUUCGAUUAUUAUUAAGAUCAAAUAAGUAGCCAUGGAGGAUCAUCAAUUUAAAAUUUCCUCUGGUUUUCCGUGGAUUAAAACCGACCGAUUUACUCCUAGUCUUCAACAACAAUGUAAUAAUGAACAAUUAAAUCAAAAAUCACUUGCUGGCUUUUAUCAGAUGGAACGUAUUAACGAAUUCGAUCAUACUUGCAUCAAAUGGAAUAUAUCAUUAGUUGAUGACCAAGACCAAAUUAGUGAAUGUUUUUUAAAAAUAAACGAACGACUACCAUUAACGGAAAAAUUUGGUCCUGCCGUUCUGACCGUACCGGAAAACAUUAGAAAACAAGCGGAUGAAUUAUUUAAACCUUCAGAUAUAAACGCCAAUGACGUAUUUAAUUUGGCUGAUGCCAAAGUCUCUUGGGUCAUUCAAAACGGCUAUCGUCAAUACCUCGAGUCCAUCCCUGAAAAUGAAUCGAUAAAAGGAGAACGCCAUGUUUUGUAUCCUUGGACGCAAUGGGAAACGUCAACGGGGACGCACCACCGACCAUCGCCAUCAGUUGGUUCGUCACCUUCGGGCACGGCCAUUGAUCAACAACAAUUUAUGAUGCACUCGACUCCGCAAAAUCAGUUCUCUCGACUUCAUAGCCGACACGGUUCUCCUCCGGGACUACACUAUUCGACGUACAACGACUGUGUUGUCGGACAAGCUGUAGUUCACCCCAAAGACUGUUCGACCGUAAUGUCGUCUAGUGAAUCGGCUUCUUCCAAUCCCAGCGGUGAUAACUUAUUGGCGCAUUCGUCUUCUUUGUGUUCAUCACUACUGUCGUAUCAGAACAGCAGUGACCAGAGUGGCGGCAAUCUAUCGUAUUCGGGCGAUAACUUCUUGUUUGACACGUCGGUGCCGCCGCCCAACUUGGACUCGUCUACAAACACGACGUCAUCACCGCAUUUCUUCUCCCAGACUGUUACGUCGUCCAGGUCGGCUGAUUACUCACCAUCGCCGUCCAAUUCGCCUCGCUGGUCGUCCCGUCUAUAUUACAGGGUCAACAGCGACAGCAUGGUCCAUAAGCUGAUCGAGCACUACUGUACGUUCUGCUACAAGAACCACGAGCCUCCCGAAGUGUAUGGUACGCAUUUGGUCCGGGACGCUAUACGCAUCACGUGUCCUAAGCUACGAGCGCUUCGGUGCAAACACUGCAAUGGCACCGGUGACAACGCGCACACUAUCAAGUAUUGCCCUUUUCUCUACUCAAACUACAAAUAAACACAAAAGUGUUUGACCGUUUGUUGAUUUAUUCAUUUUUUAUUAUUUCGUUUUACUAGUGUACGGAUUUUCGAUAUUAUUACACGCACAUUACUUGCAUGCGUUUUGUGUAAUUUAUCUUUUAAACAACUCAUUUUAAGCGCAUUUUUAUCUAGUCUUAUUUGUUUCUGUAAAAAAUGUUCGAUUUCAAAAAAAAAAAAUAAAAAACCGAACAAUUAUUUCAUGUAUGAAAAUUACAUUUAAG